UUAUCUCCAUGGCUUCAUCAUCAUCAGCUUAUGUAUUCAUGAAUAUUAUCAUAUAUGUGUUUCUCUAUCUUGUGCUUAUCCAUGAUCAUCAAAGCCAAGCCAAUAUAAUAAUGCAGAUUGAAGAUUUGGGAGAAUCUGCUAGUAGCCCUGUUUUUGCUCCUCCAACUUCUUCAUCCAUGGACAUAGAUUGCGGAUCGGCUUGUGGUGUGAGAUGUCAAAUGUCAUCGAGGCCGAAUCUAUGCAGAAGGAUAUGCGGAACUUGUUGCGCGCGGUGCAAUUGCGUUCCUCCGGGUACUUCCGGCAACUAUGAAUUCUGCCCUUGCUAUUUCAACAUGACCACUCAUGGCGGAGCUCGAAAGUGCCCUUAAUUCAUCGAUAUAAAUUACCAUAUCACCGUUUUCAUUCUGGUU